AUGAAGAGACUAACAAGAACUGCGUCCGGUUAUUCUUCCGCAGCCGUCGGGAUCCCCCCUGAGUGCUCCCGAGGGAGGUCGGGUUCGCGGCCGGUCGUAAAGUGUGCGUCUUUAGUGACGCACAGAGCGUCUCCUGGUGUGAUCGUGCGUGGGCGGCGCGCCCUAGUACGCGGUACGCCCCCACCGAGCGAGACCACCGAGGUGGUCUUCAUAACCGUAGCUAACAAGAACUAA